AUGUCGACUUCACAAGUUAAUAAAAAUGCCGAGAAACAUGUCAAAUUUACCGAAUGGAAUCCAGAUGCUUUCGCAAAAACUUGCAAUAGUAACGAAAACAUGAUUUCUGAAGGUGGUAGAAGUUCCCCAACAUUAUCUGUAUCUACGACAACUUCUACAAACACUGAACAACAACGAAAGAAGAAAAAAACCCGUGAAGUUAAAGCACGGUAUCUUACCAAUAACAUGAAUGCUAGAAACGUUGGGUCAAAAACAGCAGAAAGGUACGAUAAAGAGAAAAAAGGUGUUUCAAAAUCCAUUACAUGCGCUAGCAAAAAUAAGCAACAAAAUACGAUAAGAAAACCAAUUGUUAGACCCAUCGGCUCAAUAAUCAAUAGAACGAAAGGAAAUCUUGCUCAUAAACAAAAAGUUGAGGCGUUAAAGUGCGCAAGCCAAAAUAUCGCAUUUUUGAACUAUCAGGAGGAUAAAAAACUAGGAGACAACAUUUUAAAAGAACUUAUGCCUCCGGUAGGGCAAACAAGUAAUAAAGUUAAGCUAUCAGUAGGUGAUCAAUCAGGGAUUAGCUUAGAUGAUGAGCUGACAAUGUUAAAUGCUCGAUUGAUGCAAUGGUGUCUCUUGAAUGCAAAAGCCGAGUACGCAUUUGAUUGUCAGAAACGAGGUGUUGAGACGCAAUUAUUGAAUGCGUGGAAUUUGCUUACGAAGAAGCAGGAAGAAAUGUCAAAUGCUUGGCGAAAAUUUACUUUGGAAAAAGAAAUUGCAAUAUUAGAUGAAACUUUGAAAUCACAAUUCAAUAUAUUGCAGCAAGUUAGUCAAUACUUAGAACAUUUCAGUACUCAUUACAUUGCGUUCGCCUCUUCUUUGGCCAGUACUGCUGCUGCAAUGCCAAUUACUAAUGUAUUGGCAGGAGGAUUAGGACAUUUAACAGAAGAGAUUAACCUUUGUUCGAAUGAUUUAAAUGGAAUGUUGCAAAGGUGGGAAACGGAAUCACCCGUGAUACGAAAUAUUGCCAAUUCAAUGUACAAACUUUGUGUCAAUAUCAAGGAAGAAAUUCAAGAAUUGAGCGAAUGUAACUCCCUCUUGUUUGAAAUUUCUGAAGCAGAAACCAUCGAGUCUAGUUUAAGGAUACAAAAAAUUGAGACUUUGAGUGACCAGAAUAAUGCGCGCACCAGUCCCUUUGAUUGA